CUUGUAUUGUAUAUAUUCAGCCCAUUAAGGUGCGAUUCUGCACUUCUCUGUGAGUCAUAACCCAGACCACAAAUGGAUUAUAGGUAUAUAUAAGGGACUUCGUUCCCGCUGCUUGCGGACAUCCUCAUCAUCCACCACAGCUGAGAGUCAAGAGAGAUCUUCCCGACAGAUCUCGACUUUCGCUCUCGAUCCAGAACCCCUCCAGAAACCAGCCUUCGGUAUGGCGAGCCACGCAAGCAUCUUCAACCUGCCUCUCGACAUGUUCGACGACCUGAUGGCCGACUUGGACUACGAGUCCCUCGUUGCCUUCCGCCAGACAUGCCGCCUAGCAGCCGCCCUUAUCCCGCUGGCCCAGAUCAUCCAAAUCCGGCAGUCGCUCAGAGCCAGCCUCCUGGCCGAGGAACACGCCGACUACCAGCGCCGGCAGGUGGCCUAUGCAAACCAACGACGCUGGGCGGGCGUGUUCCCCCCAUCCGUCCAGGCCAACAUUCCCCCAGACAUCAGCGCCCCGGCCGACUCACUGAACAACAUUCACCGCAACCGCAUCACCAGGGCGGAGCGGCUGAAUUGCUACGCCUGCCUGAAGCGUCUGCCACGACAGUGCUUCGUGGAGAGCCAGGUCAUGGGGAGAAGGAGCCUCGGCCAUGCGGACGCCGGCCGACGGUUUUGCAGGGCCUGUGGGGUCAAAAAGGGGAUCUGGGACAAGGGGAGCGUGGUCAAGGACGGGAGACGGACCUUGGUCCUCUGCAAGAAGUGCAACUCCCUGGGGCGAGUGGACGCUGGGGCGAAGAAGGGGGGGAUCUGUUCGAGGUGCAUGUGCCAAUCCGUGGCGGAGGAGGGUGGUUCGCUCGAGAGCGAGCAGCAGCAGGCUGCUGGCCAGUCCAGCAUGCCACAACCUCUGGCAAAGCAGCCAGCAGCCGCACAGCCGAGCAGUCGGGCGACUCGGUGCCUACGCUGCUGGGCCAUCAACCACACCGAAGUGCCUGCCGGGUCCACGGGUUCUCACCUGUGCCCGCCAUGUGAAGCUGCUGUCCAGUUGGCAUAGAUGGCGCUGGAUGGAAGGGAGGGGUGGACGUGAAGGGGGUCGUGACGGAGUGGACGGUCUCGUGGACUGUGAUAGAUACCCUGGUUAGAAUUUUCGGGUUCGAUGUUCAAAAGUACGGGGACGGGGCUACCCUGACUGGAUCCAGGUUGCGCUGAGACAGGAAUUGUAAGCACUUUGAGCUUG